GUUGAAUUGGAAGGAACAUUCAAAUAAUAAAAUAAGAUUCUUAAUAUGAAUAACAAUGAUCGAAAUAUUCAAUGGGAUGAUGAUAAUGAAUCAUUUGUUACCUGCGACGAUUAUUCGUGGGUUGAAUUUGACAGUCUGUGUGGAUCAUAUUGCGUCAGAGACCUUAAGCAAAUAAUGGAUGUAAAGGAUAAACUGUCAGAAAUCGAAAUAAAGCUAUCAGAUUACAGUCAGAAAGCUCUAGCAGAUCAAGAGACAUAUAUUGAUCGAAUUGCGUCAUACAAAGAAACGAUUAAGUUUCAAAAUGAACAUCCAAAAGCGAAAUUUGAUGAUUUUAAAACUCAAGAGAAAGAUGGUCUAUUAAACAAAAUGAUCAAAACUAAAGACGAAUUAAUAGAUGCACUAAAGGAAACAAUAGAUUUAUUGAAGUGCAAUAAAGUUCUGAAUGAUAAUCUUAAUUUAUCAAUGAAAGCCAAAAUUGAUAAGCUGAUGGAAGAGCAAACAGCUGCUAACGAGAAUAAGCUUAAAAAAGAUGAUGAGAUAGUGCAGUUAAAAUCUAAAGUGCUGUCCGAUGAGAUUAAACUGAAAGAAAAUAUUGCACUUAUAAAUGAUAUUCAAUCUCAAUUAAAAUCACUAGAAUAUAAUACCAAGAAAACGGAACAAAUGAACGCUAAUUUAAGCUUACAAGUAAUAGAAAAAGAAAGUGAAUUAAAAGAUAAGAACAAGAAACUUGAACAGUGGGAGAACGAAAUACUGAUUACAAUACCCAAUGGAACCAUAAAUAAACUAAUGCAUGUGCCAGGCCUUGAACCAUUUGAACCCGUUCUGGCUGAUACUAUUGCUGGACCAGGUUGGAUUGUCAUUCAGCGUCGAUUUGAUCACAGUGUCGACUUCGAUCGGAGUUUCGCUGACUAUCAACAUGGAUUUGGCGAUACGAAAGGUGAAUUUUGGCUCGGCUUAGAAAAGAUUCAUAGAAUCACAAUUCAAAAGCAACAUGAAUUACUUGUAAACAAAAUACUUCAUAACGGUGAAAACUUUUGGGAACGUUAUGACAACUUCGUUCUUGGCAGUGAAGAGGAGGGAUAUCAGAUAAAAUCCCUCGGUAAACAUAAUGAACAAUUUAACCCGUUCCGUAUGGAACUAAGGCGACCCUUCCCUAUCGGAACUGUAUUUAACAAUGGUUGGUGGUUAUCCGAAGAUGGAGGGGAUUUUAGUAAUCUGAAUAGCUAUAAAUUCUUCAGAAAGUACAGUAAUCACAAGGUGUGCUCGCUUGUAAAGUCUGUUGAAAUGUUAAUAUUUCCAAAGUGAAGAUAUAAAUAUAUUAUAUAUACUAAAAUAUAUAAAAAAUUAAAUA